AUGAGUCCGCAGAUACUGAUCAAGAAGCUUGCGCGAUGCACCACCGUCGCCCCUGCGCUAACACGCGCUCUGAGCACCGAGAGCUAUUCAGCCGCCCAAGAAGCACUCGGUCGUCCUAUCUCGCCCAAUGUGACCAUCUACAAGUUCCCCGUGAGCGCCAUCUCGUCCAUUGCGAACCGCGUCUCGGGUGUUGGCAUGUCUUUGGCCUUUGUGGGCGGCAGUGCACUGGGCGCGGUGGGCGCUGACGUGCCUGGACUCAUUUACAUGGCGCAGGACUCGAUCCCGCUAUUUGCUCCAUUAUCGAAGCUCCUUGUGGCCUUCCCAGCGACUUAUCACGUGCUCUGUUCCGUGCGCCACAGUCUCUGGGAGUACAAGCCCGAGCUCAUUAACAACGCAGAUGGACCCAAGAGUUCGUACGCGCUGUUUGCAGCGGCGGGCGUCUUGAGUCUAGGCGCCGCGGCCUACACGAUCAAGUCACCACCACAGGCGGAGAAGAAGGAGUAA